GGCCUUUGUUGAUAAAAUAUAGCAGAGCGCUACUAAGUAAGAGAUACUGUUAUACAUUUUUAAACAAGAUGGACCUCAGAUGCCUGUAGAAAUUUGAUACAGUUUCAUUUUGAAAUGCAUAAGAAAUAAUAAAUAUCACAAUAGAAGAAAUGAUCGUAUAACCCUUGAUGUCACCAGCAAAUCGCAAAAGUAGACCAGCUACUACUAGCUCUGGCAGGCAUUUAGAUGGGCGCACAAACGCCCAGUUACUGGUAUAGCCCCAGAAACCACUCGCAAACAGCAGUAUACUUUUUUUUAGAACAUUAUUACGUAAUAUUCAUGUCCCCGCUUUUUAAUUAAUUUAGCAGACCAAUUAACGGUGCGGUAGUACUAACAUCGUUGUGCUUGCUGAAGAAAAUGGGAAAGUCGGAGAACGCAGUACCAUGGAAAAGUUUGUGGUUCAAGGGACUUCUUUUGUUGGUAGUUGUUUUUGGUGGGUUGGCAGUAGUGAUGACGAUACUUCUAACACUGAAGUCUGCAGGAGUGUCAAACACCAGGGAAUGGCUUACAGCUAAUGAUCUGUGCAGUGAUUCAGGAGUUUGUGAAUUAUGUCCAUUUGAGUGGAUUGGAAAGGAUGGAAAAUGUUAUUACUUCUCCACUGAGGAGAGAGACUGGGACAGUAGUGAGCAGUGGUGUUCUUCCAAUGGUGCUCAUCUUGUGCUGAUAAAAUCUGAAACACAAAAGGAAUUCAUAACAAAAUGGUGUUCUUGCAAAGCAUACUUCAUUGGACUGAAGUGGAUUAAAGGAGACUGGACUCUGAUUGAUGGAACCCUACCUGACAAAAGCUUGUUCUCGUUGACAGAUGGAAAGAGUGGGGAUUGUGUUUACAUAGAAGAUGGCAAGCUUUUUUCUGGUUUAUGUAUCACCAAAAGGAAAUGGAUCUGCAUGAAAAAUUCUACGCAGAGUUGACAAAAUGAAAUCUUAACACUUAUGCCUAACUUAUGCUUUGGAGCUAGAAGCACUUAAGAAGGCCAAAGCCUAUAGUCAGGCUUACAUUUGAAGUAAAGGGCCGUAUUUAAUAUGCAAAUACCUGUUGACUUUCAACUAUUUGAUUCUAAGAUUUAAUUUUCUAGAAUUCUAUGUUUUUUUCUGCAAGUGUAAUAUCCCUUUUCCACAUCUCUCAAGAAGCUUCCUGGCCUUAAUUUGCUGUGCAUCUAUACCCUACAUAUGCCAUCACUUAAAGGGCAUUGUCAUCUUGCUUUACAUUUCUACCAAGGAAGAUUAACGGUUAAAGAAAUGCUAUUAACUUGAGUUACCAACUAUGGCUGCCCUUAAUACUCUUGUGCUCUUUAUACAUCACAAGCAACUAAUUAACUUGCAGAACUACAUUACUUGCCUGGUUUCCUUUUAGUUAUUUUGUUUUCUCUCCAAAUGCUACUAAUAGGUUCAUAGGUAGGUACUAGACUAUUGGCCCCAGGGCCUACAUAAGCCUAGCCAAAAAUGUACCGUCUUUCGCCACCCAAGAAAAUUAUUUCAUUUAAUUUGUUUAAAAAGUACAAUGUACCACUUGUUUUUCAUAGAUACUAUUUAUUUAUUUUAUUUUACAUUUGUUGACCGGGCUAGUCUGGCUGGAUACAUGUCCAUUUUCAGCAGAGGCCCGAGGAGAAAAGCUCCACUAAAUACUAAGUACAUUACAUAAACAAAUCAUUACUUUAAAAAAUAUCAAAAAUUGGAGUUAUAUCAACCUAAUGACUGAAGAUCAUUUCAAAAGAGAGACAAGUUUCCAAUAUGUAGUUUGUUGCAAGAUAACAAAUUGUACAUAAAAUGAAUAUACUUAAAUCUAUACAGUGAAAGGAAGAGAAAUGAGAAAGGAAGAGAUGAAAAGAGUGAAGAAGAACUAGCGUAUGAGGAAAAGGUUAGUCAGGUGUACUGCAGGAACAAAGCCAAUGAUUUUGGUAGUACAGUUUAAUUUUCUGUUUGAAUUGUGGCAGGGAUGUGGUCAGAGUUAUGUCACUAGGUAAAAGAUUCCAAGUUCUACCUAUUGUGUUAGUGAAAAGAGAACCACCUGCUGUGUUGUUUGCCCUUAUUGCUUUUGUCAUGAGUUUAUUAGAGGAGCAAAGUGAGUUAAGGUUGUUGUAAGGGAUUAGAAGUUGAGAGAGUAUUGGGGUGUUGUCAGGAAGGUGUAAUAUGUUGUGAGCUAUAGUGAGUUGAGGAAUUAAAAGGUAGUUUUGAAAUUCGAGCCAACCAAGUUGUUUUAGGUUUAUACAAUGGUGGGUUCGGAAGGGGUUGCUGGUGGCGAAGCGAGCUAUGUUGUGAUAGCAAGUUAUAAGUUUGUUAAGAUUGAUUUUCUUAAGGUUUGUAUAAAUGGGGGAAGCAUAAAGGAGAGUUGAUAAGAGGUGAGAUUGAGCAAUUUUUGUUCUAGUUGCUGGGGUUAGAAAAGGUUUGAUACGAUAUAGGGAUCCAAGUUUUCUGUUAACAAUCUUGAUGGUGUUAUUAAUGUGCUGUUCGAAGGAGAGAUUAUAGUCAAUGGUUAUUCCUAGCAGUUUUGUAGUUGGGUCAGGUGAGAUGAUAGUGCCAUUAUUUGAGGAGAUGGUAAAGUUUAAAGGGGGGGACCUAGAGGUGGGGGAGAAGAGGAGGAGUUUAGUUUUAUUGGCAUUAAGUAGGAGAAACCGUCUGGAAAACCAGGUUUCUACUGUGUUAAAGGUAUUUUGGGUCAGUGAGCUCAGUUCAGUAGAGGGAGGUGCUGAGCAGAUAAGGGUAGAAUCAUCUGCGUAUUGUAUGCAGGUU